AUGGCAGGCUGCUCAGGGCAGCUAGGUUUGCCCCAGAGGGUGCAUUGGAAGUAUGUGGUCUGCCUCAGCAUGGAAAGCACAGUUACCUCGGUGUCCAGGCCAUUAGCCAACUGUUAUGAUGGACUUAUGAGACUUCCCAAGUUUGUCAGUGUCCCCAAAGGAGGAGCAGAGGACCUAAGUCCUCCUGAUGACUCAUUUCCUCAGGCUGUUAAGAAGAACCCAAUGAUGUUGCAUCUUCCUUGCUGGUCGAGGUGGGCGCUUCAACUGGUGGCCAAAGUACGGGGACCCGAGAAAAUUCUCUUUUCUCGUGUGGGUUCAGAACUUUCCAGCCUCAGGACUGCGACGACGUUGAAUCAAGACAAUCCAAUCUGGGUGCCUGAGUGUUUGACUCGCAAACUGCCUCCCACUAUUUGUGAAGUGGUUGAAGAAGAUUUGAUCGUAUUCACUUAUCCCAAGUCAGGAAUGAACUGGCUGAUUGAGAUUGUCUGCUUGAUUCAGACCAAGGGAGAUCCCAAGUGGACCCAAUCUCUGCCCAUCUGGGAUUGCUCACCCUGGAUAGAGACUGAUGAUUUGAAGUUCUUACAGAAGUAUGAAGUUGUAGGUGGAUCAUGGUUUGAGCACAUCUGUGACUGGCUGUCCAUGAGAGCGGGCAACUUCUUGGUACUGCACUAUGAAGACAUGAAAAGGGACUAUAUGGGAACCAGAAAGGAGAAAUGUGACUUCCUGGGGAAAACAUUAGAGCCAGAUGAACUGGAUUUGGUCCUCAAAUACAGUUCCUUCCAAAUCAUGAAAGAAAAUAACAUGUCCAUUAUAAGUCUCAUCAAGAAAUAAUUGCAUAUUACUGGAUUAAACCUCAUGAGAAAAGGCACAACUGGGGACUGGAAGAAUCACUUCACAGUAGCCCAAGCUGAAGCCUUCAAUAAAGUGUUCUGGGAGAAAAUAGCCAGUUUCCCUCCAGGGAUGUUCCCAUGGGAAUACAUUUUCAAAAGUUUUAAAUAUUUUGUGAACACUAAUGUUUAUGUUUCUGUUGUUCUAUACCUGAUUAAUUGA